AUUAACCAGUAAAAUCAGUGAGGAUGCGGAGAUAGACCUGGAUGAUAAGAACAAGAACCGAGACGCUGUGUUGUCUAUUCCGGGUGUACAGUUCUUUGUCUUCAAUGAGACAACCAUUGUGUCGUGUGUGGAGUUGCCACCCACCAAGAAUGGUGACUGUGUGGCUCGAGUCAUCCUGCGUGAUCUAACGGGUAAGCACGCGUGGGACUGUGUGGUGCAGUACGACGACCGAUAUGACACAACAGCCGCACGCCCACAAUUGCUGCCUUUGCUCAGUGUGCAAAACGGGGUAUGCUGA